AUGAAGUUCAAUCCCUUUGUGACUUCGGACGGGAGCAAAAACGGGAAAAGGCAUUUCAAUGCACCCUCCCACGUUCGCAGGGAGAUUAUGUCUUCCCCUCUUUCCAAGGAACUGAGACAGAAAUACAAUGUUCGGUCCAUGGCCAUCCGCAAGGAUGAUGAAGUUCAGAUUGGCAAAGUGGUGGUCCAGGUUUACUGGAAGAAAUACAUCAUCUACAUUGAGCGAGAUAAAGCUAAGGGCACCACUGUGCAUGUGGGCAUUCACCCCAGCAAGGUGGUCAUUCCGAGGUUAAAACUGGACAAAGACCGCAAAAAGAUCCUGGAGCGGAAAGCCAAAUCUUGCCAAGUCGGAAAGGAAAAGGGCAAAUACAAGGAAGAAUCACUUGAGAGGAUGCAAGAGUGA